AUGGAUGUGAAAAGCAAGAUUUUGAUCAUUGGGGGCACUGGAAACAUCGGGAAAUAUGUAGUGGAAGCAAGCACAAAAGCUGGGCACCCAACGUUUGCACUGGUCCGAGAAAGCACAAUUUCAGAUCCUAAGAAGGCAGCCAUCAUCGAGAGUUUCAAGAGUUUGGGAGUCAUAUUUCUUCUUGGAGACCUACACAAUCAUCAGCAGUUGGUAAAUGCAAUCAAACAAGUUGACAUAGUGAUCUCUGCAGUCGGGGGAGAUUUGGUAGCUCAUCAAGUUAAGAUUAUUGAAGCAAUUAAAGAAGCUGGAAACAUCAAAAGAUUUUUACCUUCUGAAUUUGGGGGUGAUGUGGAUCGUGUGCAUGCCGUUGAGCCUGCUGCUAGCUUAUGCAAGACCAAGGUUGAGAUCCGCAGAGCUAUUGAGGCAGAAGGGAUACCUUACACUUAUUUAGUAUCUAAUGGAUUUGCUGAUUACUUGAAUUAUAUCCUCAACAACUUUGGAGACACUGGUUCUGCAAGUCCUCCCAGAGACAAAAUUGUCAUUCUUGGUGACAGAAAUCCAAAAGGGAUCCGAAAGAAGCUUGAAGAAGACAUUGCUGCAUACACCAUCAAAGCAGCAGAUGACCUAAGGACUCUGAACAAGAGUCUGUACAUUUCACCACCUGCCAACACUUUGUCCUACAACGAAAUAGUAUCAUUGUGGGAAAAGAAAAUUGGCAAGACCCUCGAAAAGACCUACGUUCCAGGGGACGAAGUUCUUAAGAAAAUUCAAGAGGCUUCAAUGCCAUUAAAAUUGCUCCUGUCUUUGGCAUACACAGUUUUCGUGAAGGGAGAACUAACCAAAUUUGAGAUCAAGGCUUCUUUUGGCAUGGAGGCAACAGAGCUCUAUCCUGAUGUUAAAUACACCACACUUGAUGAGUACCUCAGCCAGUUUGCAUCAAAUUAG